UAGUCCCUGCUGCACUCCAUCCAUCAAAAUCCAAUUGAAGUGAUUUAACCAGAAAAGAUAUCGAACUCCAAGCAACAAAAAAGAAAUAAAUAAAGGUGAAAAUGGCGCGCAGCUGAUAAAGGAAAAGGCCGAGGGUUAUUUUGUGAGCGGCCGUUGGAGUCCGAGAAAUGGCGACAAUCUUGAUUCAGAACUCCAACUUCCACCACCAUGUCCACAAGCAGCACCUGUGCCCUAGUAGAUGUGGAAGAAACCCUACCACCGUAUCUCUCAAUUUCUCGUCUAACCUGAUUCAUCACUCUAAUCUCCGGGCAAGCGUUCCUGCAAAUAAACCAAGACAACGGCGGGGUGCUAGGAUUGUUAAUUCUUCGGAGAAAGAGAAGGAAUCCAUCCAGAGCAGCUCAGAAGAUGAAGAGGCGUAUGAUUUGGGGGUCAAAGCUGCAUUGUCCGUGCUCAGAUUCUACAAAAGUGAAAUCUCGCCGUUGUUGCCAAAGAGUUGCGUUUCGUUCCAACAUGCAGCGAGUAUUCCAUGAUUGCUUACAAGAAAUAUGGGUUUGCUAAGGGAACCGCUUUGACUGCUUGGCGUCUAUGCCGCUGCAAUCCUCUCGGUACGUACUACUACUGUACCACAAUCCUCUCUUCGUCUCGAUACUUAACAACACAUGAAUAAGAGCACCCAGCCAGAUCUGUUUUCUUCUCUCUAUCUGCCUCAUUUACCAUCUUUGCGACCAUUUCCUGCCUACGUCUUCUUCAAUAUUAGAUCAUAUGCUGCUAUAUUUCAUCUCCAGGAGGCUCUGGCUUUGAUCCCCCGAGAUGGUUUGAUGAGACGAGACCAACACGGCAUUGAUGCCAAAAUAAUUUCUUUGCCGGUAUACUUACUUCUCAUGUUCCCUGACCGACCCAAAUUAUUAGUCCGUAUGUUCCAAGUCAAAUGAAAAUGAUGUAUAACAAGAAGAAAAAGGACUGGUUACUACUAGUUGUAUGUAAAUCUUUUAAUACUAGUUGUUGUAAUUCACUGAUUC